AUGGUGCUGACCAAGGAGUGCAUUGCAUUAGUGCAAAAGAAGCUACCUCUGAAAAUGCCAGAUCCCGAAAGCUUCCUGAUUCCCUGCACUAUAGGGACCAUUACAUUUGAGAAGGCACUAUGCAACCUUGGGUCAAGCAUAAAUCUGAUGCCCCUCUCUGUGAUGAAAAAGUUGGGAAUCCAAGAGGUGCAACCCACAAGGAUUUUACUGGAAAUGGCAGACAAGUCCCUGAAGCGGGCAUAUGGAAUGGUGGAGAACGCCCUUAUAAAGGUUGAAGACCUUUACGUCCUUGCAGACUUCGUGAUAUUUGCCAUUGGAGAGGACAAGAACGAUUCCAUCAUCCUAGAAAGGCCCUUCCUAGCCACUGGAAAGGCCUUGAUUGAUGUCGAGAGAGGAGAUUUAGUUCUGAGAUUAUAG